UAUCAAACUCGACGCCAUGUGCAUCCGCACAUUACACUGUUUAUUUUACAAAAUAAAUCUAAAAUUAUUAUUUACUAUCAAUUAAUCAAACAUUUGCUUCUAAAAAGUGUUUUUUUUUUUUUUUUAAUAAUCAUCAUCCACAAAAAAAAGUCAGCAGUUUGUAUAAAAAUGAAUUUAGUCUACAAAUAUUUUCGACUCGCGUGGUAUGAAAAUUAAAAACAUAAAAAAUUACAAUAAUAAUAAAACAAAUGACUAAUUUUAAUAAUUGGUCUAAAUUCAAAUCAUUUAAAAAUUAGUGAUGACAUAUUUAUUUGUGUUGAAAUAAAAUUAAAAAAAAAUAAUAACCUCAAAAAAUGGAUGCUCACGAUAACUAUGACCCAGAAGUUGAAGCACGACUUUACGCUGAAAUUUAUUAUUCAAAUGACACUUAUCCAGAUACAAAUAAUCCAGAGCCGUCAUCAUCAUCGUCAUCGGUAAGAAAUAAUUUAAAUAUUGAUAGCAGUAACAUUAAUCCAGAUUUGAAUUCCGAGCCAAUAAGAUCUUACGCUAAAAAGACUGGAAUGUUUCCUAAAAGACAUCGUGCUUUGAUAGACGGUAUCAAGCCAACAGGAAGAUCUAGAUGGGAACCAAUGGCUGGUGGGAAUGAAAGAAUCCGCAGGAAUUAUUACGAUGAUUUAAGACCAAAUCAUCAGUUUCCCGAUAGAGAUCCACUGAAUCCCACGUUCCAUGUUGACGCACGUGGUUCCAGAUCAAUGCCUCCGUUUUUUGAUCGAGAUCCUAGAUCACUGAUGCCAUAUGAUGCUCCUAGAUCAGUGCCAUCAUAUGAUCAUGGUCCUAGAUCUCUACCACCGUAUGAUAAUGGUCAUAGAUCAGUUCCGCCAUUUGAUUACGAUCCUAGAUCUUUGCCUUCAUAUGAUCACGAUCCUAGAUCACUGCCACCAUAUGAUCGUAAUCCCAGAUCUAUGCCACCAUUUGAUUACGGUCCUAGAUCACUGCCACCAUUGGAUUAUAUUCCAAAUUCAAAUUAUCAAUACGAUCGUAAUUUUUUACCAAAUCCAAUGCAUCAAAAUUCAGGAUUUAAUCAACAAGAUUAUAUAAAAUUGUCAAGUAAAAUGAAAAAUUCUCAUAGACAAUUAGAAUUGAAAAAUUCUAAACCUAGAUCUCGUAAAUUACGACGUGAUAAAUCGAAAAAAACAAAUAAGCCGCCUCCGUUUAAAGGAAUAAAUAAUAAUAGUGAUCGUUCUGUUAGAGGUAAUUACAGAUCACCUCGUAAGAAUCCACAUAGAGCUGCUAGAAAUCCAGAGUUCAAUAAACAAACGGGUGAUUCAUCAAAAGACAAUGAUUCGAAUGAUUCUAUUGAAAUAAUUGACAUCCAGGAACCAGUUCCUGAUAAACCGACCGCUGAAACUGAGACCAGUUGCAGCGUUGAUGCCAGUGCUGAUAAAAUUAAUGACCCAAUCAUAAAUGAUAAGAAUCUAGAAAAAACUGACGACAAUUCAAGUAAAAAUGAUGACAAUUCUGAGGAGAAUGACAACACUGCCAAUAAAAAUGAUCUGGAUAAAGACAAUAGUCAGAGUACGAGUAAUUUUGCUGAUGAUGUUCAGGAUCUGACAGCGACAGCAUCAGAAAAUACGGAAACUGAUAAAAUUAAUGAUGAUGACAAUUCAAAGUAUAAUGUUAAAUGUGCCUCUGCUGAAAGAAGUCAGCGUGAAAAUUCAAAAUCAUCAGAAUCUGAAGAAUCAUCAGACUCUGAUUCUGAUGAGUCGAUAUUUGAAGUACCGGUCCCGCCAAAACCACCGCCUCCAUUAAUUAAUUUGAAUGAUUCAUCAGAAUCUGAGGAUGAUGACAGCGAUGAUGACAAUAAAGUUGAUGCUGAUGCUGCUGAUGAUGAUAAGAAUGACAAAAAAGAACCUUUGACUACUGAUUCACUCGUUGCUGGUUCGAAUAAUUCAAAAUCAUCAAGAGAAAAUUCUAGUGGGACAAAUAAUGAGAAGCAAAAUGAUAGUGAUGAUGAUGAUGAUGAUGAUGAAGAGGAGGAAGAAGAAGAAAAUUGGAUUGAAACCAAUAUAAUAUUGAACUGUUCUCAGGUACAGAAAAGUGUUCCGACUAUGGAAGAGUUAAAAAAAAUAGGACGGGAGUCAUCAGUAAAUUUGAUAAGCGAUGACAGUAUGACUGAAAGUGAAGCAAUGAACUGGAGAACGAUUGAGAAGGAAAUAAAUACUGAGACUAAUGAUGAGUUGAACACUUCAAUGAGGCUGAAUAUAAGCGGCGGAGAAACUAAUGAUGGAUCUGAUAAGAGGUCUCCCAAGUCUGGGGGUAAAGGUGAUAAGAAUCAAAGCCCGUCGUCGGGGAGCAGGAAGAGGGCGCGGGAGGAUGGGGGUAAAAAUAGAGAUGAAUUUUUGAAGCCUAUCAAGUUGCCCAGGAAUGAAAAGACUAGUGAGGUUUCUUUUGAGGAGUACUUGGCUCAGCCGAUGCCCAAACAGCUGCUGGCUUUUUACACCGACUAUCGAGACAGUGAAGUUAUGAACGACGUCAGGGAUAUUCAGAGCCAAAUGUCAAGAAAUCCAAAUCGCUGGGCGAUACUUGAUGCCGAUAUUACAUACCAACGUGGGAGUCCGAAGAAACUCACGUGUUCGUCCUGUAAAAAGUAUGGACAUAAGCGAGAUCAGUGUCCUGACAAACGCAAAGUCUUGAUUUGUCACAUGUGCGGUGAAAAUGGACACCUUGAGCCACGGUGUCCUCAAAAAAUGUGUCUUACUUGCGGAAGAAAAUAUUCAUCAUUUCGUAAAACUUGUGAGUACUGUUGUAAAUUAUACUGUAGUUUGUGUAAAAGUAAAGGUCACCUGAAAACAAAUUGUCCGGACCUAUGGCGGCGUUAUCAUCAAACAACGACACCUGACACCAUAAAUAUACCCGCGGAACCAAAUAAGAUUUUGAAACCCUCUCACAAAUUAAGCUGCUGCAAUUGCACACGUCGCGGACAUGACAGUUCAAACUGUACUCGUUACCGUUGGUCUCAACAUUUUCCAUCUCCUUGUUCUGUUACAAGUUACACUGAAGGUCCUGGUUAUCCUCCAAGACCCAGAACUUCAACAUCAGUCACUAAACCUACAGAAGUAAAUCGCGCGCCAGAACCAUCAGCUGAUUCCGACAAUCAAUUAGUUAUUUGUGAACCACCAGCUACUCAACCAUCACCAUCAUUAUCAUCGGAAUUUGAUAGUCAAAUAAUUUUAUAUCACUACACAAAUAUACCAGAUAGCAGAGAACUGGAAUCAGCUGGUUGGCCGAGCGAAAUAAUUUUACCUCACAAAAUACCAAAUAUAAGUUACGAAUUUAUCGACGAGUCAUCAUCACUACGGCCAGAAUUUUUGUCAAAACAUUUUCCUAAGUCGUCGCCAUAUUUAAUUGACCUGGUAAUAAAACGGGUUGAUGAUAAAAAUGUUGAGAUAAAAAUAAAAACACCAUCAGAAAUGUCAACAUUUGAAUUUAAAAAAUUAAUAAUUCAGUGGCUGUCAAGACGUCCAGUAGAUCGGGAUAAAAUGUCGGCUGUUGAUGCUUUGCCAGUUAAAAAAGAAAAAAUGUUGAAUUUAUUUAUCGAUAAAUUGUAUUGCUUUGUAACAAAUUCAUCAUUAAGGGGAAUAAUAGAUUAUGACUACAAAAUUUUUUCAGUACCAUUGAAAAAAAGUCCAGUCGGUGAACGUCGUUGUCUUAUUAAAUUAUUAUCGUCAUUAUAUAAUUUUUGUUUGAUACCAAUGUCAGAAAAUAUAAUAAGAGAUUUUGAAAAAUUAUUAAAUUUAUUAUUGACAAAAGGAUCUGAUGAUGAAGUGAAUACUUCAUUACCGCAGUGGAUUUACAUGAAUUGUUGUUGGUUCAAUUUUGAGUUAUUUACUGGCCAUUUAUCGGCUUAUGUCGCAGACGCUAAAGAACGUAUCUUAGAUAGAGUAAAAGAAGUUAAUAAACUAAAAAAUUUAGAGAUUGAUGCGAUAAAAGAAGAACUUGGAUUAAAAGAAAUGAUAACGAGGAAUAAAAAAAAAAGGAUAACGAGGAAUGCCAAAAAAAAAGAGAAAUUGCAAGAAAUAAAUUUACAGAAUAUUCUUAUUUUUAAUAAACCUAUAAAAGUUCGUGGUGAUGAUGAAAAUAAGAAAAAAAGUGGUAAGAAUAAUGGCAGUGAUGAUAAAAUGAGUGAAAAAAAAUUAAGUAAAAAUAAAACUAAAAAUCCAUCGAAAAAAAUAAAUGAUGGUAAAAAAAUAGACAAUACUCUGAUUGUUAAUAGGAAAAAAACAAAUGAUAGUAAAAAAAUAGACAAUAUUCUGAUUGUUAAUGGGAAAAUAAAUCACAUGGUUUUGCAACGGGAAAAAUUGGCAAGCCGUGCACAGGCUGCACUUGACUUAGCCAAGAAACAUGGAUUGAAGGGAUUCUAUGAUAGGGCUGAAGGAAUAAUUAAAAAAAUACGAGACCGUUGUAAUGUAAAACGUAAUGUUAUUGAACAAUUAUGGACGGAUAUUGUUAAGGAGCUGAGGGGCAAAAAUAUAACUGUUUUGAAUUGAUUAUUUCUGUAGAAAAUAGUGACGAGUGUAUAUUAUUUUAUUUUUAAUUAUUUUUGUUGUUAAUAAAAAUAAUUAUAUAUUA